UCCGAGGGCGACAGUCAGCAUGGCUUGCCGGCAGCGGCCCGGUGUCGGCGUCGGCGUGGUGGUGCUCAGCCGGGCCCACCCGGGCUGUGUCCUCCUGGGCCGGAGGAAGGGUGCAGUCGGCGCCGGCGCCUUCCAGCUCCCCGGAGGACACCUGGAGUUCGGUGAAAGCUUUGCAGAAUGUGCGGAAAGAGAAACCCUGGAGGAGACUGCUCUUCACCUAACAAACGUCCGCUUUGCUUCAACCGUGAAUGCUGUUAGCGAGAAGGAUAACUACCACUACAUCACUAUCCUAAUGAAAGGAGAGGUGGAUUUCGAUUAUGAAUCAGAACCGAGGAACUUAGAACUUGAUAAAAACGAAAGUUGGAAGUGGGUGAAAUGGGAAGAGUUCCCCUCGGGAGAUCAGCUUUUUUGGGCUUUACGCAGCUUAAAGGAACAAGGUUACAAUCCUUUCGAGGAAGGCUUAAGUCACCUGGUGGGCUACACUGGAAGUCACCUUUACAUGAAAGAAGAGAACUCACUGUAAUGUGUAUGAACGGCUUUGUUUACGGAACUAUUUUUCUAAAAAUAUAAUAAAGAG